AUGGUGGCGGCCCUCGAGAUCCACUACCCCGUACUCAUUGCUAGUGACUAUGAGGAUAGGUCCUUGUUUUCGGAGCCCAACUCAAACCCUACGACGUCCACCGAAGAAGAUGACAAGAAUGAGCAUAAGAAUGCUCAAGCUACCAAUGCACUGAGUCCAAAUGAGUUCAACCGGGUUGAUAGGAUCGAGAGCGCCAAAAAAAUUUGGGACACCCUCUGCAAUGUCCAUGAAGGCACCGACGGGGUGCGUGAAUCCAAGGUGGAGAUAUUGAAGGGACAAUUGGAGAGGUUCGUGUUGAAGUCGGAGAAGACCGCAAGUAAGAUGUAUGACCGGUUGAGCAAGAUCGUCAACGAGAUCAAGGGACUUGGGUGCAAGGACAUGAUGGAUAGUUAUGUUAUGAAGAAGAUGCUCCGAGCCAUCACACCAAGGAACUCAACCUUGGUAACCCUCAUACGUGAGCGUGCCGACUUCAACUCCUUGACACCUCAUGACGUGCUUGGGCGAAUCCUCGCUCAUGACUUGAUGGAGCAAGAAUCCAAGGAUGCUUGCAACUUCAUCUCUCAAGGCUCAACACUAAAGAAACAAGACAUAGCCUUGAAAGCCAUCAAGGAGGCUGAGGUUGAUGAAGAGUGUACUUCUCAAGCCGAGAAUGACAUGGCAUUGUUCGUCCGGCAGCUUGGGAAGUACAUGAGGAGAAGCGGCUUCUUCAAGGGAGACGCCUCCAAGUCAAGCUUCGGCAAGUCAAGGGGAAGGCACUCAUCACGCAAGUGUUUUGAGUGUGGUGAAAUCGGGCACUUCAUCGUCGAGUGCCCCAAGCUAGAUGACGAUAAGAAGAAGAAGAAGAAGAAUGAGAGACACUUCAAAAAGAACAAGGGCAAGCAUGGGAAGAAGGAGGAAAGGGGGGGGCAAGCUCACAUUGGUGAUGAGUGGACCUCUGACUCCGAGAGAAACUCAAGCUCAAGUGAUGAAGAUGGAAUGGCAACCAUCGUCAUCAAGUCUUCAUCACCACCGCUACCAACCCUCUUCAACAAUGAUAGCAACAAUAACGCUCCUCUUUGUCUUAUGGCAAAAGAGCGCAAGGUAUCACCCUGCUCUAAAUUAUUUAGUCAUGAUUUGAUUGAUGAAGUUUGUGGGAGUGAUGAUGAUAAGGUUGAAGAUGAGUUGGUUGAUGAGCUAAGCAAGGAGUCCUUGCCGACCAUGUGUGAAUUGCUUGACACUAUUGAGGGUCAAGAGUCUCUUCUCGAGAAACAAGAGGCUAUGCUCAUUCAUGAUAAAGAGCGUAUUCUUGAACUCGAGAGGAAACUCGCUAGGGAGAGGAAGAGUUAUAUGUCACUUGCGCGUCUUUACAAAGACACCAAAGACUCAUGCUCACUAUUUGAGGAGUCAAAUGCGAAGCUUCUAGAGAAGGUCGAAAGCUUGAAAAAGGCAUACCACUUUCUAGAGGAUAAGCUUGACACACUCAACAAGUGUUCUCCUUUCCCUAGUGAGAUGUCUAAAAACUCAAAGGAGUCAAGCUAUGAGCCAUGUGUUAAAUGCAAGGACCAUGACCUUGAUGCUUGCACCUCAAACGCCAAGGCCGUGAAAGCCUUGACCGCUCAAAAUGAGAAGCUCAUGGGGCUACUCAAUAAUGGGCUCCUCAAUAAUGGGCUCCUCAAGUGCCACAUGGGUAGUAAGGCCCUAAAGGAGUACCUCGGGUACCAACGUGACAACCACAACCGUGAAGGCCUUGGGAGGAAUACCAAUGUUCGUGUUGUGGCUCGCUAUGUUGGUCCUUGGGGCAAACAUAUUUGUAACAAGAGAACUAUUUGGGAAUAUGUGUCCGGUGGAAGGAGUUGGGUGAUUGAUAGCGGUUGCACUAACCAAAUGACCGGAGAAAAGUCGAUGUUCUCGUCUCUUGAUAAAAAUGGAUCUUCUCAAGAGAACAUCGUCCUUGGAGACAAUGGGGAAAGGUCGUUGGAUUGGCUUGGAUAUAAUUGUUUAUUUACCGAUGUGGAUGUGACGGUUUUUAGAAGGAAUGAUUCCUCCAUGGUCUUUAGAGGUGUUCUCAAGGGCAAGCUUUAUCUUGUUGACUUCUCUUCGAAAGAAUCGAAACUUGAGACAUGUCUAGUGGCCAAGUCCAACAUGGGGUGGUUGUGGCAUCGGAGACUAGCCCAUGUUGGAAUGAGGAAUCUUCACAAAUUUCUAAAAGGGGAUCACAUUGAAGGAAUAACAAAUGUGAAUUUUGAGAAAGAUAGGCUUCUACACAUGGAUCUCUUCGGGCUGAUUGCUUACAUAAGCAUAGGAGGUAACAAGUAUGUUCUUGUAGUGGUAGAUGAUUUUUCACGCUAUACUUGGGUUUUCUUUUUGCAUGACAAGAGUGAGACACAAGAAAUUUUCAAGAAGUUUGUAAAAAGAGCCCAAAAUGAGUUUGAUGUCAAGAUCAAGCAAAUCCGAAACGACAAUGGUGGUGAAUUCAAAAACACCAACAUUGAAAAAUAUCUUGAUCAUGAAGGCAUCAAGCAUGAGUUCUCCGCUCCCUACUCCCCACAACAAAAUGGUGUAGUAGAGCGGAAGAAUAGAACACUUAUAGAGAUGGCGAGGACCAUGUUAGAUGAGUACAAGACGUCAGAUCGGUUUUGGACCGAAGCCGUCAACAUCGCAUGUCACGCCAUCAACCGGUUGUAUCUCCAUCGCCUUCUAAAGAAGACAUCUUAUGAGUUUCUUACCGGUAACAAACCGAAUAUCUCAUACUUUCGAGUUUUUGGUAGUAAGUAUUUUAUUCUUAACAUGAAGGCAAGAGCAUCCAAAUUUGCGCCUAAAGUGGAUGAGGGGUUCUUGCUUGGCUACGCGUCAAACUCGUGUGCAUACCGUGUUUUCAACAAGACCUCCGGUGUUGUUGAAAUCGCGCGUGAUAUGAUGUUUGACGAAACUAACGUCUCCCAAAAGGAGCAAGUUGAUUCUCAUGUGCUAGAUGAAGAAGAGAUACCUUAUGAAGCUAUACGGAGGAUGGCUAUUGGGGAUCCACUUAGGGUGGAAGAGGCACUUGAAGAUGUCGAUUGGGUGAUGGCCAUGCAAGAAGAACUCAACAACUUCACGCGCAACCAAGUGUGGCUAUACCAAAUAGAUGUGAAAAGUGCCUUCCUAAAUGAGCCUAUCAACGAGUUGGUAUAUGUGGAACAACCGCCGGGUUUUGAGGACCCCAAGUACCCAAAUCAUGUGUACAAGUUUCACAAGGCGCUCUAUGGGCCUAAGCAAGCUCUUAGAGCAUGGUAUGAAUGCCUUCGUGAUUUUCUUGUGAAAAAUGGCUUUGAGAUAGCUUUUAGUGAUGAGUUUAGUAGGAUGAUGACUAAGAGUUUUGAGAUGUCCAUGAUGGGCGAAUUGAAGUUCUUCCUCAGCCUUCAAAUCAAGCAAUUAAAGGAAGGAACCUUCAUUUGCCAAACCAAGUAUGCUAAGGACAUGCUCAAGAAGUUUGACAUGGAGAAUGCCAAACCGGCCCGCACACUGAUGCCUUCAAAUAGGCAUCUUGACCUAAACGAGUAA